AUGGCCGAAACCGUUCCAUGCUCGUUCCGCACCCUCCACCGGCACUCCAUAUUCCAGCCCACAGCGUCCAGCGAAUCGGAAUGGGAGCUCGUCUCUCCCCCGAACCCUUCAGGCGCGGAGGAUGACCUCGUCCCCGCCAAGAAAGGGCGGGUCGUCACGCGGGAGAAGGAGGUGAUAUUGGCCACAGGCAAAGAAGUGCGGCUGGCGAGUCUUUCGGGCGAAGGGUUCGAAAUGCGAAAUGGGAAUGUCGGGAAAUACAGCACCUUGUCCUCCGCAGCCCUGACCUUCGACAUCCUCUCUGUCGCCCUAAACCCAACUGGACGUCUCCUUGCCGUCGUGGGCCGAUCCCAAAUCGUCGUGCUCGUCCUCCCCCGUUCAGGCAGCGCCACAAGAGGCCAAGUCGCCUGUCGGUCAAUAACUAUCGACGCUCCGCAGUAUGCCGCUUCGAGCGCCUCCGCAAUCGCUAAAGUCCGAUGGCACCCUUUGGGGCAGAACGGGGAGAGUCUCUGGAUCUUGUCUUCUGACGGUCAACUACGGGAAUACGAUAUUCAGUCCCCACACGAUCCCAUCCAGACCUUCUCCUUCUUACCUCCCUCCCCUGCCUCUUCCUCUCGCUUCUCCGCAGCGGACCCCCUCUCCCGGAUCGCCACGUCCUUCACAUUCGGGCCACCCACCGGCAGCUCUGGUUCCGGCUCUGGCUCAGGCCCAGGAUGGGGCGAACUGAUCAUCUACGGCCUACUGGCCAACGGGGACGUGUACACCCUCUGCCCCGUCCUUCCAUUCCGAUGCGAAGUGUCUCUCAAGUGGAUUCAGCGACUGAGGGCGUACGUUCAGGAGACGGGAAGCGAGGAGGAACGUUAUUGGCUCGAUAUGCUCUCUCGGCAGGUGCAUAUCGAGUCGUCGGGAGCGGCUUCGUCGCCUGGUAGUCCGAGCGUCCGGGUGUCUAUCCUCGGUCGAUCCACCCGGAAGGAACAGGCGGAGAAGAAGGAGGAGGAGGAAGUGAAUGGGGAUCAGCUUGUUCAACUCCAUCCGCCCCAUUUGACCAAAUCGGGCGGACCGGCGCCUGGUCUGCAUAUGGAGUUGGAAAGGCAGGGACCGGCGGUGUUUGAUCCGGCGGGUCCAGAGGGGGAUGAGGAGGAUGUAGCCAGUGAUUUGAUGGUCGUCGCCGUUGGCGCGGGAGGAGACGGGAAGGAGAAGGAGGGCGUGAGGGUCAUUGGGGUGUGUUGGUGUGCGGCAAGGGUGGAUGUGGGUGUUGAAGUUGGGAAAGUACAGGGAAGAUGGGCGGGGUCGAGUCGGUCAAAGCCUCAAGCUAUUUCGAAGAUCCCUAUCGUCGAGUCUAUCCAGCUGGACCUUCCUAUCCAUCUAGCACCCGACAACGCGCCCCUAUUCACUUCGGACCCGCUCCAUCCAGAUACCUUCUACGUACAGCACAUCGCUGGCGUCGAUGCCAUCUCCGUACAGGACCUCGUGACGACUCUUCUAGCGGAGAAGGGGGAGAUCUCAGGCUGUAGCGUCGCUCAGCUCGUCUCAAGCAGCGGUAAUAAAUCCCAGCAGAUCGAAGGCCUCGCGACGUGCUAUAAUUUCAGCCUGGGGUACGGCGUCCUCGCUCUGUCCUCGUCAAACCGUCUGGCGGGGAUUGAGCUCGACUACCGCAGUUCGGACGGUGGGGACGCCGCCAUUCCCUCCAAAUCUGACCCGAAAUCCGCCGAAUCCAGCGCAGGUAGCGGUCACGCCGCAGACACCGCCUCCCUCCUCCUUUCCCACCCUAUCGACAUCGACCACCUCCUCCGCUCCACCCUUCCCUCCCCCUCCCUCCUAACCGCCCGUUCCGCCCUCGACAAGCUCUCUACCGCGCGCAUACCCCUCGAGACCGUAAGCCACGAGCACCUCCGUUCCCUCGUCUCACUCAUCGCCGCCCUUCAAAUCCGGAUCGAGGCCGUCCGUUCCGCCUCCGCCGCCGUGGAACGACACCUCGACCUCCAGGUCUCGGAGUUUCAACGCCAGGUCCAGCUUCUCCAGACGACGGGCAAGUUGCUGGCGGACGUCAAGGGCCAUCAGGCCAUCGAGCGCGCCGAUGGCAUGAUGAGGACCCAAGAAAAGCUGGUAGGGCGGAUGGACGGGGUGUUGGGGGGUUUGAUGGGUCUCUAUAGGCCGCCCGUGGCCGAGGUGGAGAAGAGGUGGUUUGAGGAGUUGGAGGCUGUCAAGGGGAGGGUACAGGGUGGAAAGGGGUUUGGGCUGAAUAGGGGUGGAGGGAUGCAGGCGCAAGUGGACGAUUUGGAAGAUCAGCUCGAAGAGAUCAAGCCGUCGAUUGAGGCAGCCAAUGCGGAGCUCCAGUCGCAGCCUGCGCGAACGAAGCGGACGGGCGCUAAGCAGAUCCGGCCGAUCGAGAGCGCCUUGUAUCAGAAGAUGGACGAGAUAGGGCGGCUCAUGAGGAAGAUGGAAGGGCUGAAAGUAGAGGUGGAGGAAGCACUCGAAGGGGGAUCGUCAUGA